UAACCACCUGUUGCUUUUGGAUAUAAAAGAAGAACUCUGACAAUCGUCGUUCAACUACUUUUUUAAUAUUACUUUAACUUUAUCUCAUUCAACGUCGUCAUUGUUUCAAAUUAUUUGUUUCGUAAUGUCAACGAUGGUAAAACAUAUUAAUAUGUUAGCUUUAUUUAUAAUGUUUUAUAUUAUUGGAAAUGCAAUGGCACUCACACCAGCGGAACGUAAAGCACAAUUUGAAAAGGUGCUUAAUUGCUAUAGGCAAUUUUAUGACCAUGGACUUCUGGGAAGAAAUACUGGAGUGUUAGGACCUUUACCAUAUGGUACAGAAGAAACCUUUGAUGCUUUAUUGGAGAGAUUCUAUAGAGUACUUUUUGAAAUGAACGAUGAGGAAAAUUUUGAUACUAUAAGCAACGAUAUCGAAGAUUCUUAUGCAUCUGAUAAUGAUUACCGAAUGAUAAAAAAGAAAUUCUUUAAUGAUAUAAUUCACGUGUAUAACUUUCACGAUAAAGUGGUUCAAUAUAAGUUUGAUAUUGGAGCUAGGAAUAGACAAUUUCCAAGUCCAUUUGAUAAGUUCGUGAACAAUCAUAUUUUGGUCCCUGGUAGAUUAGAUUAUUAUGAAACGGCCUCAAAAUUCUGUGAUCAUUAUAGCAAAGGUAUAAAAUUGGAAACAAAUUGGGCUCGCAGUUUUAAUUAUUAAAUACUAUACCAAUUACGCAAUCAUCUAAUAUUAAGUGGUAAGUAGAUACUUAUGAUUAAACUAUUAAUUUUUGCCAUAAUAUCAUAUAUCUAAUUAAUUAAUAAAAAAUUGUAUUAAAUCAAUAUUCAUUUUGUUUGUAUUUAAAACUCCAUCUCAAUACUAAUUCGAUUAAAUUGUCGGGAUACAUAAAUAAAAAAUAAUACUAUUAUAUAACAUUAUUGUACAAGAAUUACAUAUCUAAAUGAAAUUAUAUUAAUGAUUAAUGUAAUA